UCCGGGUCCGGAUGGGUGGGGUGUGGGUGUGUAUUUGUUUAUGGUUAGUCGGUAUGUGACAGCGAAUAAUUUCACGGUUUUCUGUUGCAUGGGUAGUUGCAAAUUUUCUCUCUUGUCCAGUGACACUUCCUGCUGACAGAAAAUGACAACCGACAAAGUGACUUUGUCUGAUGCCCUAUCCAACGUUGAUGUUCUGGAUGAACUCACAUUGCCGGAUGAACAGCCAUGCAUUGAAGCACAACCAUGCUCAAUUGUAUAUAGAGUAAAUUUUGAUACCAACUUUGAAGACCGCAAUGGAUUUGUUACUGGUAUUGCCAAGUACAUCGAAGAGGCCACUGUUCAUGCAAGUUUGAACGAACUUUUAGAGGAGGGAGUGGAGCAUGCAGUGAUGCUGUACACUUGGCGGUGCUGCUCUCGAGCUAUUCCUCAACCAAAAUCCAAUGAGCAACCCAAUCGUGUUGAAAUAUAUGAAAAGACAGUUGAAGUUCUUGCACCUGAAGUCAACAAACUGUUGAACUUCAUGUACUUUCAGAGCAAAGCUAUUGAAAGGUUUACUUCAGAAGUUAAACGUCUCUGUCAUCUGGAAAAAAGAAAAGAUUUUGUGUCAGAAGCAUACAUGCUUACACUUGGGAAGUUCAUCAACAUGUUUGCAGUUUUAGAUGAACUUAAAAACAUGAAAUCAAGUGUAAAGAAUGAUUAUUCAACAUACAGAAGAGCUGCACAGUUUCUUAAGGUCAUGGCCGACUCUCAAACCUUGCAAGAAAGUCAGAACUUAUCCAUGUUCCUGGCCACUCAAAACAAGAUCCGUGACACAGUUAAAGAAAAUUUAGAAAGGGUUCCUGGUUUUGAGGACUUGCUUUCAGAUGUGGUUUCUCUCUGCGUGCAUAUGAUGGAGACUCGCAUGUACUUGGCUCCACAUGAAAAACACAUGCUUGUUAAAGUCAUGGGUUUUGGUCUGUUUUUAAUGGAUGGUGAGCCACUAGCUCUUUCUAAAUUAGAUCAACGUAAAAAGCUGAAUCUUGCCAAGAUUGACCGCAUUUUUAAGAACUUGGAAGUUGUUCCUCUUUUUGGAGACAUGCAAAUUGCUCCAUUCAACUAUAUUAAGAGAAGUAAACAUUAUGAACCAGGAAAGUGGCCAUUAUCUUCUUCAUCUGCAAUGAGCCCUCAGUCAGAUCUAAUGGUGCAUUUACCCCAGAUACGAGAAGAUCACCAAAAGUAUAUUUCAGAGUUAGCCAGGUACAGCAAUGAAGUCACAACAACUUACAAGGAAUCACGAACUGAUGCUGAGAACAAGGACACUGCUGAUCUAGCUCUAAGAGGCCUUCAACUUUUGUCAGAGUGGACAAGUGUUGUAACAGAGUUAUACUCAUGGAAGCUACUUCAUCCCACUGACCAUCACCAGAACAAUCAGUGUCCUGUUGAAGCAGAAGAAUAUGAACGAGCUACUCGCUAUAAUUAUGGUGAUGAAGAAAAGUAUGCUCUUAUUGAAGUUAUUGCAAUGAUAAAGGGCUUGCAGGUCUUGAUAGCUCGUAUGGAAUCAGUUUUCAUUGAUUCUAUCCGUAGAAAUAUUUAUGCAGAACUUCAAGAUUUCAUCCAACUGUUUUUGAGGGAGCCUCUGAGAAAGGCAGUCAAAAAUAAGAAGGACCUGAUUAGAAGCAUUCUUCUCUCUGUUCGAGAAACCUGUGCAGAUUGGCAAAGAGGUGUAGAACCUCCUGGAGACCCAGCUUUGAAAGGAAAGAAAGAUCCAGAGAGUGGGUUUGGAAUCAAAGUUCCUCGUAGGAAUGUGGGUCCAUCCUCAACCCAACUCUAUAUGGUUCGUACAAUGCUAGAAUCUCUUAUUGCGGACAAAUCAGGAGGUAAAAGAACACUUCGUAAAGAUAUUGACGGCCAAUUUCUAGUUCAAAUUGACCAGUUCCACAAAACAUCAUUCUAUUGGAGCUACCUCCUCAAGUUUAGUGAGUCACUCCAAGAAUGCUGCGACCUAUCCCAAUUAUGGUACAGAGAAUUCUACUUGGAAAUGACAAUGGGGCGGCGCAUACAGAAAUGUAUGGUACAACACCAACACAAUGAUGAAUGCACCGACUUGAUCACAAUGGAAAAAAGAAUUCAGUUUCCUAUUGAGAUGUCCAUGCCAUGGAUUUUAACCGACCAAAUUUUGCGCAACAAGGAACCAUCAAUGAUGGAAUAUGUCCUUUAUCCUUUGGACUUGUAUAAUGACAGUGCUCAUUAUGCUUUAACAGUGUUCCGGAAGCAAUUUUUAUAUGAUGAAGUUGAGGCUGAAGUCAAUCUGUGCUUUGAUCAGUUUGUGUACAAACUCAGUGAACAGAUAUUUACUCAUUACAAACAGCUUGCCAGCAGCAUUUUGUUGGACAAAAGAUUCAGAAGUGAAUGUGCAGCAACUGGUGCCUAUCUUCCAUACCCCCGAGCUAACCGAUAUGAGACACUCUUGAAACAGAGACAUGUUCUCCUGUUGGGGCGCUCUAUUGAUCUUAACAGACUCAUUACACAGCGUAUUAAUGCUGACAUGCACAAAUCCUUAGAUCUGGCCAUAAGUAAAUUUGAAGCUGGUGAUAUUACUGGUGUUGUGGAUCUGGAAAGCCUUCUACAAGUUAAUCGUUUUUGUCACAAGCUCCUGUCCAAAUUUCUAGCAUUAGAUGAUUAUGAUGCUAUGUUUAGAGAAGCUAACCAUAAUGUGCUUGCUCCCUAUGGACGAAUCACAUUACAUGUGUUUUGGGAGCUGAACUAUGACUUCCUACCUAAUUACUGCUAUAAUGCAGCCACAAACAGAUUUGUCAAAUGUCGGGGGAUCUUUUUCACUCAGCCUGUACACCGAGACAAACCUCCUCAAAUGGGUCAUCAGUAUUUAUGGGGUAGCAAACAGCUCAACAUAGCCUUUUCAGCCAUCCAUGAUCAGUACACUGGCUUUGUUGGACCCUACCAUUUCCGUACUUUAUGCCGUUUACUUGGCUAUCAGGGUAUUGCUGUGGUAAUGGAAGAACUCUUAAAGAUUGUGAGAAGUCUUAUUCAAGGAAAUCUUCUUCAGUUUACUAAGAUACUGAUGGAUGCAAUGCCUAAACUUUGCAAGUUGCCAAGAUAUGAUUAUGGCUCUCCAGGUGUUUUGGGCUACUACCAUGCUCAGCUUAAUGAUAUAGUUCAGUAUCCUGAUGCAAAAACUGAGUUAUUCCACAAUUUCCGAGAGCUUGGUAAUACAAUUUUACUUUGUCUUCUACUGGAGCAAGCUCUCUCUCAAGAAGAAGUGUGUGACUUACUUCAUGCUGCUCCCUUCCAAAAUAUUUUGCCACGACCUUUCUGCAAAGAGGGAGAAAAACCUGAAACAAAACAAAAGAGAUUGGAAGGCAAAUAUGCAGCCAUUCAAAUUGUUCCUAACAUAGAACGUUUAGGAACUGCUAAACAAGCUAUGAUUUCUCGUGAGGGAGAUUUAUUAACCCGAGAGAGAUUGUGCUGUGGACUGUCAAUUUUUGAGGUGGUAUUAACUCGCCUAAAGAGCUUUCUAGAUGAUCCCAUAUGGGCUGGUCCACCCCCAUCCAAUGGUGUUAUGAAUGUAGAUGAAUGCUCUGAGUUCCAUAGACUGUGGUCAGCAUUGCAAUUUGUCUACUGCAUCCCUGUUGGGGAUACUGAAUUCACAGUAGAGGAGCUGUUUGGAGAGGGUCUCAACUGGGCUGGUUGUACCAUGAUAGUUUUGCUUGGACAGCAAAGGAGAUUUGAGGCUCUUGACUUCUGUUAUCACAUUUUGAGAGUGCAGCGUGUUGAUGGAAAGGAUGAAGUAGUCAAGGGCAUUCCUCUGAAAAGGAUGGUGGAUAGAAUUCGUCGGUUUCAAGUUUUAAACUCUCAAAUAUUUGCCAUUCUGAAUAAAUUCCUGAAGUCAAGUGAGAUUGAUUCAACUUCAAUAGAGCAUGUGAGGUGUUUCCCACCACCUCCACCAGCAUCCAUGGCUCAUUAUCAUCAAACUGGGCAUCAUGCUUAGGUAUAUAAAUAUAUAUAUCUUACAGGUAUGAGCGGAUGCUUGUGAACGCAAGCGUGAAAUGUGGCAUUAUUUCUUGGAGUUGCAUAUACUGUGUGGGUACAAAGUACACAAAGCACAGAAAUGGAGAUUAAUUGUUAAAACAUACGAGCAGGCAAACACUGUAUCCUGAACAUGAUUCAUUCAUGAACAAUGUACUCUAAUAUGCAAUUUUAUAACUUUUUAAAAAUUUGUGCUGUUCUGUAGGUUUUACAAAACAUACAUUUUUAAUCUUUAUUACAUAGUUUUAAAACACAAAAUAUGUAAUUACAAAACAAACACUACAAGCGAAUUUUAAAACAGCUUUUUAGUGUGACAAUGGAUUGUUUUUGGUGUUACAUACUUUUUGGUGAAGACUCCCAAUGUCUUUCAUUCUGUUUCAUUCCCUAGAGGGAGCUCUUAUAUGGCUCAAUUUUAUAUAAAUUAGACAUGUUGUAGAAUCUAGAUAUUAUUUAUAUUCGAGUACAAUUCCAUUAAAUUUUAAAAUGUUUCUUUAAGAGUUAUUAUGUUAAUGUUUUUGUUUCCUUUAUUUUGAUUUAUGUACGUAUUUGUGUUUAUCUUGCCCUUUACCCACAUAUUUAUCUUUUAGAUUGAUAUUGAUUUCUUCAGUCUUCCAAUUUAGUUUUUCUGUCAUCUUAGGGCUGGAGCUAAGUCAAAAACUAUGCAUUUAUCCAAGUUUUUAGUACUGAAAUAGUAUGCAUGUAUAGUGUGUAAUCCUUCUAUUCUGACAUUCCCAUUUUACAGUGUGGCCCACAAAAGUUAGCUGUCCCAUAAAAUUAGUCAAAUUAAUGCAACGGAAGUCAAGGAGACUUAACAUUAUUUGCUUUAACAAACCUUUUAUGGUCUUGUUUGACUCAGGUCCUUGUUUGAAGUUGGAGUAUUCUUUUACCCUAGAAAUCUGUACUGUGUAUGGAUAUUCUUGCCAAAGCCAAACCCAAAUGUUUGUGCUGUCAUGUUGUAGUGUGACCUGACUGUUGCUUUGGAAUUGGAGAUGAGUUUCAUUGUUCUGUUUGUGCCAAAACCUGUUACAAUUUAAGGUGCAUGCACCUUAUAUUUAUACUUCUUAUGUAAAGAUUGGUGAUAAUAUAAGUCCUUUGCUGCCUGGCAAAAAAAAUACACAAUGUAGUGUAAUGUUCUAUUAUUACUUUGGAAAUUUGUUAUUAUGGCAGUGAACCUUUGUAGCUAGUCACAGAAGGCCUUAAUUUCAGAUUGGUUCCAUAAAUGGCUGUUAUGUAUUAUCUUGAGACUAUGUAACUGAAGUCAUUGAAUUAUACCUUACAGACUUUAA